UGUCAAAUUUCGAAUACCUAUCAAAACUAGUUAAAAGUGUCACUAAAAAUCUGGAAUCCGGAGUGUCCAGAAAAUAAAGAAUUAAAAAUGGCAGUCCGAUUUUCUGGAGCGCUCAAGGAGCUGCGGAUUCACUUAUGCCAAACCAGCUCCCAAUCAGCUGGCGUAAGGGAGUUUAUACAAAAGCACUAUGUGUCUAUCAAAAAGGAUAAUCCCAACUUUCCUAUGCUAAUCCGUGAAUGCAGUGGUAUUCAACCUCGUGUGUGGGCUAGAUACGACAAAGGUAGUGAAAAAAGUGCUGCACUCACAAACCUAUCUUCAAAUGAUGUUCUAUCCACCAUCAAGCAGUUAAUUAAAUGAAUUAUUUAUUUUAUUUAUAAAAAAGUUAAAUUUAUUUGUGCAUAAGUUAAAUAAAUACAUAGUCAUAUAGAU